AUUGCGUCUCCGUUGAUUAGGUGCACGUUGCAAGGGACAUCAGAUCUUCCGCACCUGGCCCCUAUUUCGGCAAAGAAACCGCAACGGUCAACUGUCGAGUAGGCUUUCGCGAAAACCGGCUGUGCAGCGACCAUGAACCCCGUGAACGACAAAUCGGAAUAUGACAAAUGGGUGAUGAAACAGAGCCCUAAGUACAAACAGCGCUACCGUAAAGAAUGGGAGGAAUGCCCAGCGUUCAAGGGGUGGCUGGCCCCCGUGGCAGAGAAUGCGUGCAUAGCGUUCUGCAAGAACUGCAAGAUCACCUUCACGGCCAAGCUGAGCGACAUCCGGUCCCACUCCAACUCGCGCAAGCACCAGAGGGCCAUGCAGGGCCAGCUGCCCCGCAAGCGCAUGUCCACCGUGCUCAGGCUGCAGGGAAUUGAGUCCCUGGACGUGUCGAACAUUGUGAACCUGUACCGGGAAAUGGCUCGGGUGCCGUCCCCGAAGCAGGCCCACCUGACCCUGGCUACGGACCAGCAGGUCCUCUCUCUGGACACAGUCUGGGAGGUCAGGGACGUGGAGCAGGCACAGAUGGCCUCCUUCACCCGCCGCUACGUGGGGCAGUUCGACCUGGGCGGCCACCUCAGCUUCCAGUCGAUCGGGCACCCCCAGUGCUGCACCGGGGAAGUCCUGUCGGCAGUGUCCCAUUCCGGCAUCUACAAAGCAGUCCUGAGGAAAGUCCAUAAGAAGGGAGAGCAGAAGCAGUUCUUUGAGUUCUGGGACCAGAACAUGAAGCUGGAUUCCGUGGACCUCGAAGGGGUCGGAGCACACGGGAAGGUCCACGAAAACGGAACGUUCAGCAGCUUCUGCUGGUCUAACAGCGAAAACCAGGUGCUGUACGUGGCAGAGAAGAAGCAGCCCAAGCGAGGGUCGUACUUCAGCCGCAACGAGAAGGAGGAGGUCGAGAGGGGCACCGAGUUCCUGUACAAGGACAGCUGGGGCGAGGAGCACAAGGGCUUCUGCGUCCCCACCCUGUGCACCAUCAAUGUGUACAGCAGCUCCAUCAACAUCAUAAACAACCUCCCCGAAGGCAUCUCCCCUGGACAGGCCAUCUGGGCCCCGGAGGACACGGGCAUCGUGUUUGUCGGCUGGGACGGCAACCCCUGGAAGCUGGGUCUGGCGUUCUGCAACAACAGGAGAUCUCAGCUUUAUUACUACGAGUUUGAAUUGGACAGCUACAUUGCCAUCGGGGACACGAACAAAAGCAUCUACUCGCCGCGGUUCAGCCCUGACGGCUCCACCCUGGUGUACCUGCAGGCCGAGGUCGGGGGACCGCACUUCCAGUCUUGCCAGCUCGUCAAGUGCAACUGGGAAACAAAACAGACAGUCAUCGUGGUUGACAGGGUCAACUCUCCAGUCGGGAAUGAGUUCCCUGGCCUGUACCUGCGCUCCCUUCCUCACAACUGCUUCAUCAGCGACCUGAGCACAGUCAUUCUCUCCAGCUGUUGGCACAGCAAGUGGGAGGUGAUUGGGGUCAACACUGCAAAUGGGGACCUGCUCAAACUGAGCAGAGACGAAACGGUGGGAUACUGGCAGGUGCUGACGGUCAAGGAGAAUUUCAUUGUGGCUAGUCUUUCGGCUCUCAACUCCACCCCACACAUUGUGGUGGGCAUGCUGUCGCCCGAGGGCUCAGUGACCGUCUGGACGCCGCUGGAGCAGGACGACAACAAGGUGUCCGGCAUCAGCUGGUACAUCCUCCAGUUCUCGCCUCCGGAUGAGUCCAACAUGAUCUUCGAGGCCACCCUCGUGACGCCAAAGAACGAGUCCGACCUUCCUCUGAUUGUGUGGCCACAUGGUGGUCCUCACUCGUCUUACCACGCCGGCUUUCAGCUGUACCCCAUCCUGUUUGUCAAGUGCGGCUUUGCAGUGCUGCUUGUGAACUACCGGGGGUCAAUAGGUUUUGGAGAGGACAACCUGCGAUCCUUGAUAGGCAAGGUUGGACAGCAGGACAUGUUUGACGUCCAGUGUGCCGCCGAGGUGGCUGCGCAGAGGGACGAAAUCAACCCCGACAAGAUGAUCAUCUUCGGGGGCUCUCAUGGGGGUUUCCUGGCGUGCCAUGCCAUUGGCCAGUUUCCGAGCUUCUACAGGGCCUGUGUGAUUCGGAAUCCAGUUGUCGACCUGUCUUCAAUGGACUGUACGGACAUACCUGACUGGCGCUGUGUGGAGAGCGGGAUGGACGGGGACUAUAAGCCGGACUACAUCCCGGAGCCCAAGCAUCUGGAGCAGAUGUGGAACAAGUCCCCCAUGAAGUUCAUCAAGAAUGUGAGGGUGCCGACCAUGGUGAUGUUGGGCUCGAACGACGAGCGUGUGCCUCCUUCCCAAGGAAUCAAGUUCUACAAGGCCCUCACUGCUCAGGGCGUCUCCACACAGAUGUUCAUGUACGACGACAACCACUCGCUCUCCAAGGUAGACAACGAGGCCGACAUAUUUGUUAAUGCGGUACUGUGGUUCAAGAAAUUCAUCAACUGAGCUCAUCGUGCUGCAGCAUCAACAUCUUGGGUCGCAUUAAAUGCGAGCGAUUUCAUAACAAAAUAAAACAUUGAGCCAAUGGUUCUCAAGCAUG